UCAUCAUUCAUAGCUCUGAUUAAACCUACCAAAUAUAUUGAGCUAUCAAGUGACAUUAUAUUCAAAAACAAAAUGAUCAUCAGCAAUCAAGAUUCCGGUGGCUUCUUGCCACCCAUCACCACCGUAUUUACCAACAAUCUCCACGACCACCAACCACCCUCAUCCUCCACCACCCAAGAAUCCGCUGCUAUUGACCGUGCAAUCUGUAAGAUUCGUGAUGUAGUAGCCGCGGCCACCUACAAGAACCCAAGAAGAAACCGGACAAGAAGAAACUAUCUUCGUCGGACGGCAUUGGGUAAAAGAAAGAUUUCCCCGCCAACAUGUGCAAGAAACUCCGGUUCUGAGACUUUGGAUCGAGAAGAUGGUCCCAAGAUUAAGAGAUUGAGGAAAAUGGAAGAAACGGCUACAACAAUUGAACAAAGGUAUCGGGAUUUUAGUCAUGAAUCUGAAGUACAAGAUAAAGAAAAUGCCGGAGAAGACAACCCCUCUGAGGCAAUCACGGAGGCCGACAAAGGUGGAGAAGAAUGUGUAGGGUUAAAACAAGUGGAUCAAGGUGAAGGGGAACGCAUUGGUUUCAAGCGACUUGAUGAUGGCGCUUUAAGAAUCCAAAUGCGUUGUUCGUGUCGGAAACGCUUCGAAAUUUUGCAUAACCAUAUUGGGUGCUUCUACCGGUUGAUAUAACGCACUACGGUUAGAAACAUUUGAUCUUCGAGGUGUUAGGAUUUCCAUGUAAACUACAUGUUUCUUCUUGGUUUAUAAAAUUUGUCGAUGACUUGUUGAGUUGUUGAUCAAGAUUCGAUCAUCAAUUGAGUCGUCUUUUGAGUG